ACUCGCUCAGAGAUUCCGGAGUAGACGCACGUUCGAUCGCCUUGCAUUUUUCUAUACUUACGAUAGUUUAAUUCCCGUAUUGUUUUGUUAGUUUCCGCCCUUUUACUCUUGUUCUUUUUGUUUGUAUCCAGUGUAGUAUUUUUUGGCUUGUUUUAUGUGUUAAAUGUAAAUUCUAAUUUAAAUCAUUAUAGCUGACUUAUACUGAACUUUGGACUUUCUUUGUUCACCAUACUACCUAAGACAUAGUGCAGUUAAGAAUACCUAAUCGCUACAUUGGUGACCACGACGAUGGCAACGGAUGAUAAAUUCCAAGAUGCAGCUGCUGGAGAAUCCUGCAGAGUUAGUGUGCGACCUCCGCCUUUUUGGCCUGAGGAACCAGGUUUAUGGUUUGCCCAAAUGGAAGGCCAUUUUAUUUUAUCAAAUGUGACGUCUGAUACAACAAAUUUCUACCACGUUAUUGCACAACUUGACCACCGGUAUGCAACAGAGGUAAAGGAUAUUAUUACUUCACCGCCGUCAACAAACAAGUAUGAAAAGUUAAAAACGGAACUUAUUAAGCGUCUUUCUGCGUCCCAGGAGCGUAAGGUUAAACAACUUCUCAUGCACGAGGAGUUGGGCGAUCGAAAGCCAUCUCAGUUUCUAAGACACUUACAACAUCUUGCCGGACCCGCAGUUCCUAAUGAUUUUUUGAAAACCCUGUGGUCAAGCCGUUUACCAGGAAAUUUACAAACAAUAAUAGCAUCACAGUCUGAUUUGCCAUUAGAUAAGUUGGCAGAUUUGGCAGAUAAGGUCCACGAGAUUGCGCCAACCACACUAGGACAAGUCGCCAGCACUUCAUCUUCGGGUAUUACUACUUCUUUCUUCGAGGCAAUGGUUCAACAGAUAAGUGAAUUGACUAAGCAAGUAGCGAAACUUACUACAACACAGGUAAAUAAGUAUCCCCGAUAUCGCUCAAGAUCUCGAUCUAAAUCUAGGGUCAAAGGUAAGCGCAAUUAUUCUAAAACGCGACCACCACAGACACCUCCAAAUCAUCCUCACUGCUGGUAUCAUUUUACAUAUGGUACGCGUGCCAGAAAAUGCUUAGCACCUUGUAAUUGGGAGGCGGAAAACUCAACGGGCAGUCGGCAGUAGCGGCCAACGAUUGCCCAGCUAACACAGGCCGUCUAUUUAUUACUGACCGUGUUUCUAAAAUGCUUUUCCUCGUGGAUACUGGGUCAGACCUUUGUGUUUUCCCACGGUCAGCUAUUAAGACGCCGUGUACCCCUACAAAGUACAGUUUGAUUGCUGCGAAUGGUACAGUCAUAAAUACUUAUGCAGUUAUACAGCUACAGUUGGACCUUGGACUCAGACGUACUUUUACAUGGAAUUUCACUAUUGCCAAUAUUACGAAACCCAUUAUAGGAGUGGAUUUCUUAAGUUUUUAUAAUCUGCUUGUAGAUUGCCGGAGUCAGCGACUAAUAGAUGGCACAACUACCCUUUGUGUAUCCGCACAACGCCAGAGAGUCCCAGAGGAUGUCAUCUCAAUCAAAACCAUCUCUGGUGACAACGAGUUUCAACAGCUGUUACAUAACUUCCCGGAGAUCACCCGACCUGCAGAUAUUGCCUCACUAUCAUCGAUAGAUUUACACGAUGGCCUGAGGCGAUUCCCCUGAAAGACAUCACAGCAGAAUCCUGUGCCUCCGCUCUGGUAUCUGGGUGGAUAUCCAGAUUCGGCUGCCCUGCUCGAAUUACAACGGACAGAGGACGCCAGUUCGAUUCCAGCUUAUUUAAGGCAAUCGCAUCCAUGGUUGGUGCUUGUCAUUUCUGCACAACUGCCUACCACCCUUCUGCUAAUGGAAUGGUCGAGCGCGUACAUCGCCAGCUGAAAGCUGCCAUUAUGUGCCACAACUCUACACAAUGGACUGAGAUGGACCCACAAAUACUUCGGUUGCUACAUCUUCAUCACCUCCUCUUCCAACAUGCAUCCAUAACGACCAAAAAACGAAGGAAAGGAUUACUAAGAGUGGAAGAAAAGUUCAUUUUCCUGAUUACUAUCGACCGUAGCCACGGUCUCGGCGGGGGAGUACUGUGGGAUACCAACAAUGGACAAAGCCACUUCGCGCGCGCACACGGCCAUCGGAAUACUUCGGCAACCUUCGGAAUUUACGUCCGUGACAUUAACCAUACUCUCAUAACGCCAAGGUGCCCUUCACUCGCUCAGAGAUUCCGGAGUAGACGCACGUUCGAUCGCCUUGCAUUUUUCUAUACUUACGAUAGUUUAAUUCCCGUAUUGUUUUGUUAGUUUCCGCCCUUUUACUCUUGUUCUUUUUGUUUGUAUCCAGUGUAGUAUUUUUUGGCUUGUUUUAUGUGUUAAAUGUAAAUUCUAAUUUAAAUCAUUAUAGCUGACUUAUACUG